CCCACGUAUUCAAACUUGGCCAUUAUCGCGCAAGCACUCAUGCCCCGCCCUAAAGUGAAGCAGACGCAGCUCACCUUCGCGCCAGUAGCAUCGUCACCAGGCUUUGAGCACAGCCCUGGAGACUCGCCGGAUCGCCUGGCCAGAGUCCGAUAUGGUCGUUCUUCUAAAUCUUUCCUUCAUCGCAGACCGCCACGGAUAGAUGACUACCUCACGCGUAGAGAGAAUCUCUCUCCCGUUUUGCCUCCAACUACGGGGCCAUCUGCUGGCGAAGAACGAUCAUCCUCUGCAAAACUUGGCCAGUCUUCUCAGAUUUCUCUUACGGAUAACGAAAAUAGUCAGCCAAGGAUAACUGGAGCCUCAAGCCCUUGUCCUCCUUCUAAGGCGAAUCCAUAUGAUACCGGCCACGCAUCAUCAGACGAGGACGCCAUUCUAGUUUCUACUCGAAGACAGCAGAGAAACAAAGCGGGGGCUUCUAUCAAUGACAGUGACCUUGACCUUGAUCAUCAUGUGAAGGUGAAGGGAAAAAGGAAGUCUUUAAAAUCAAAAAGACCCAAGGAACGAGACGGCAUCACUAUUGAACGGAGAAAAGCUGAAGAUGUACUGGAAAACAACGCGUCUAGAAAAACAAGAUCGAGUGCUCAACGCAGGUCGGACAAAAACACACCAAUCGUUCUGUCCGAUUUUGGCUCUCCAGAAACCAGUGAUGCAGAGGAGAUUGUGACUCGGCCUACCCGAAGAUUGCGACGGGGAGUCGCACAAAAGAGGAAGGCCAUUGUCGAGGAUGAAUCAGAUGAAUCCGAGGAAGAACCAAUUGUUUCUCCGACAAAAAGGAGAAAGCGAAAUGAGGAUAUAGAGGAACCCAAAACACCGCGGCAAACGUCAGAACAGGAUAGACUCGAUCUUGAAGAAGAUCUCAAAGACCUUCAAGACUCAGUUGUCAAAUCAACGCGCACUCGUGGCCACCUGGCGAAUUCGGCAAGGAGCAAAAGGCAACAACAGUUGGAGGCUCUGCGUAGAAGACGCGCCGGCGAGAGAGUGAAGAGCAUCACGGAGCUGGAACUGGAGCCUAAUGAGAAGGGCUUAGAAACUGGCGAUUCCGAAUCCGAAACCGGUGGACCCCAGUUAGGGUAUCAAGAUGCAACGGAUGAGAGUGAUGUCGAACCUGCGAUUCCGAUCGACGAGGACCUAGAUCGCGAUGAUGAUGAGUUUAUUUUGGAGGAUGAUGAAGCCGAAUUGGGAGUACCCACGGAAAUACCAUUUGAAUUCACAAGACAUGCGUAUAAGCAAACAAAGGAGUAUUUCCGAGACGUGGUGGAAUGGAUGGUGCACAACAAACUCAACCCAGCUUUCCCUCGCGCUGACGCGCUCUAUGAAGUCGCGUUUCUCAAAGUCGAAGACGAAGUCAAGGGGAGAACCGGCUCGCAGCUUGUCUCUACAGUAUGGAACUCCAGUUUUCAGAGGGCGUUGAUGGCAAGACCCUAUAUUCAAGUCACUCCGUAUCCCAUAGCGGACGAACAUUCAUGUGAUGCCUGCAACAGAUCUAGUCAUCCAGCAUCCUUCGAGAUCAAACUCCACGGCAAACCAUACUCGUUGGAAACUCUCGAACCUCUUUCUGAUGAUGACAGUGAUGAGGAAGGUAAUGAGACCGCGACCAUGGAUCGAGACAGGAAAGGAAAUGUGCUUCCGGAUGAAAACACAAGAUUCCUCCUAGGAAGACACUGCAAGGCCAAAGCAACUAUGGCCCACGCACUCAUCCACUGGCGCGUCGAUCUCAAUGAAUGGGUCAUCGGCUAUCUUGAACACCAGGGAAUUUUGAGUGAUAACAAAAUCCUCGAACGUAGCCACUGGAGUGUGAAACGACAAACUCGAUAUGCCAACGAGGUCGUCGACAUGAUGGUCCAGAGCGGCGAAGUAAAAAAGCUUUGGCGCGACUUCCACAUUACCCUGAAAGAAGCAAGAGGAGCGACGAUAUGAUAUGGCAAUGCAAUAUUAGAACUGCCCGUUCAUGGAGUUAAUGAUUUUCCCGGUUUAUUUUAUACGUAUGAUUUGUUCUUUUUAUUUCUGGGUUCUUAAGCAGAUAUUAGUGCCUUCAUUUUUAUGAUACCCCCGGCAAUAUACACUGUUUUUUCGAUUUGUAAUUUCUAUUUUAUUCGUCUUGGUCAUGGGCCUCAUCCAAGUUGGUAGUGCCGAUAGUCAAUCUUAUUCUACGACUUGGCAAGACACGACUUUGCAAUUACGGCAUAUCACUUUCAAAGCGUUGAUCUUUCGUAUGUAGGACUUGGAUGGAAGUUCUACGCAACGCGAUCGGCUG